CUAAACUUCUAACUUGUGUCUUAAAAUCUCCCAUUAAUGAACAGACUAAAACUUAAGCCAACUAAUGGCUUGUUUUCACUGUGUACAAUCAUUCAAUUUACAUUUAUCAGUUUUUGUUGUUAGAUUUCAGUAUUUUGGUUGUGUUAUAGACGUUUUCAUUUUGUUAAAGUUGGCAAACCUUAAGGUAAUAUAGAAAAUACUAAGAAGACAAGGCAUGUUUGAAGAAGUUUCAGUAUUUGUAGACGUGUAAAUUAAAAUGAAUAGUGAUUGUGAUGCGACCAAAACCUUGCUUAAAACAUUGUGAACCAGAACUGGAUCAGACUUCACUUUGAUGCCUCUUUUGCUUCAGCUGUGCCUUUUUAAUGUGCACAUUUCUAAGGAAAUCACAGGAAUAACUAGUAGUGUGCGCAGUCGUGGGGAUUGACCUGACCUCACUUUCUCCAUCACUAAACAGUCUUCCCUUGUAUUUGUGUUAAUCCCCUCAAAAAUCGCAGACCCUCAUACACGUGUUCAGGGUCGUUUUUUUUGUGUCACAUGAUGGUUCGCUGCAAUCUGUCUUUGUAUGGCAAAGUUAAAGGGAACUUCCUGUUUUGUGGCGAAAUGGCAGCUAAAUUCAAAAUGGCCAACUUCCUGUUGGGUCAAGUUUGUAUCCAUAGGUGUGUUCAGGGUCGGUGUCUUGUGUCGGUGUGUUGUUUAGGAAGUUCCGAGGCGAUUGAUGAAUGUAUGCCAAAGUUAUAGGGAACUUCCUGUUUUACGGCGAAUGGUCCAAAUUCGCCAAAAUGCUGAUGGUUGCUGUGGCCAUGCCCUUUUGAAUCCGCAGAAUAUUUUUUGAGUUUGAUGUGUCUAGUACAAAUAGUACAAAAGCAUUUUUUUUAAUGUAGGUACAACAAAGCACAAAGUUUGUUCACUUACUUAGGGUUGCAAAUUGCCAAAUUGGAUGCCAAAAUUCAAAAUGGCCAACUUCCUGUUGAGUUGAGGCCAUGGUUCCUGUCGACUUUUGUUCAUCUCGCACUAUAACAUCUUCCCACUAAGUUUCAGGAAAUUUGGUGGAACUCAAAUUUUGGCUCUGUUUUCACCUUAGGGGUGCUACAGAGCCUUUGAGCAAGGCACGAGCAAGCCAUGGGUCAUUGUGUUAUUGUGGGUGUCGCUGUGAUGCUGCAGGUCUGUUUGUUCUGUGUGAAUCUACACGGUGGAGUGAGUCUACGACUUCCUGCCUCAGAAUAACUCAGCCUCGGCUAAAUAUGGCUCCAGUUAAUCCUUAAUUCUCAGGUCACUCUGUGCUGAUCAGUGAUCAGUGAAAGUCCAUGAGGGAGUUUCCUCUCCUCAGCACAGCAGGACAAUCAUGCACUGAAACACACGCAGGACACCAACACUGUUGCAGUGAUGCCUCCUCUGGUUCUUCCAUCAAACCUCCAUGCUAACGUUCAUCUGUGAGAAGAAGAGUGAAACCAACAACCAUGAGCAGGGCCGAGCUAGACUCGGAGCACCACGGCGAGCUGGCCGACCUGGUGGCAGCCAUGAAUGUGGCGGCCAACCGCAUGACUCCGCCCAACGGCUCCAGGUCCGGCCCCCCGAGGACGGCAAGACCUCGCCUCUCAGACAGAAAGAUGUCCCUGCAGGAGCGAGGGAGCCGCGUGGCCCGACAGCCCACCAUUGAGACCAAACGUGUGUCCAUCACAGACGCUGAUGACUGUGUCCGGCUCAACCAGUACAAGCUGAAGAAUGAGAUUGGAAAGGGUUCAUAUGGAGUGGUGAAGUUAGCUUACAAUGAAGACUCGGAACAGUACUACGCGAUGAAAGUCGUCUCAAAAAAGAAGCUCAUGAAACAGUGUGGAUUUUUUCGUCGUCUGUCUGCACAAGGUUCCAACUCACAGCAGCAGCACGAUCCGUUCCCUAAAGCCACGUUGCCUCUGGAGAAAGUGUACAAAGAAAUCGCCAUCCUGAAGAAACUGGACCAUCACAAUGUUGUCAAACUGGUGGAGGUGCUUGAUGAUCCUGUUGAAGAUGGACUUCACAUGGCCUUCGAAUUGAUGUCAAGGGGUCCAGUGAUGGAGGUGCCUACAGACGACCCUUUCACAGAGGAACAGGCUCGUUUUUACUUCAGAGACGUCAUCCUGGGAAUAGAGUACUUGCACUACCACAAGAUCAUCCACAGAGACAUUAAACCCUCCAACCUGCUGCUGGGAGACGACGGUCACGUCAAGAUCGCGGACUUUGGCGUGAGCAACGAGUUUGAGGGCGCAGACGCGCUGCUGUCGAGCACGGCGGGCACACCGGCGUUCAUGGCCCCUGAGAUGAUGUCCGAACACGAGCUGAGCUUCAGCGGGAAAGCAUUAGACGUGUGGGCGAUGGGAGUCACACUGUACUGUUUUGUUUUUGGGAAGUGCCCUUUUUACGAUGAAUACGUCGUCUCUCUGCACAACAAGAUCAAGAGCAAACCUGUGGAGUUUCUAGAGACGCCAUUGAUUAGUAAUGAACUGAAGGAGCUGAUUGGACAGAUGCUGGACAAAAACCCAGAAACAAGAAUCACCAUCCCUGAAGUUAAAGUUCACCCGUGGGUGACAGAGAAUGGCUUGAAUCUGCUCCCUCUAGAGGAGGAGCACUGCACUGCGGUGGAGGUCACAGAGGAGGAGGUGCAGAACAGCGUCAAACUCAUCCCCAGCCUUUCUGCUGUGAUUCUGGUGAAGUCCAUGCUAAGGAAGCGCUCCUUCAGUAAUCCCUUUGAGUGUCAGGGCAGACGAGCAGAGAGGUCCAUGUCUGCCCCCGGUGGUCUCCUUACAGGUUCUUGGGGUUUGUUGGGUUCUUCACCUCUGCUUCAUCCUUCCUUGAGGAAAGUGAGCAAUGAGGGCAGCAGAGACGGAGAGUUGGAGGACUUGUAUGAAGUCGACACAUUUACAGAGUGCACAGACUGAAAUUCACACUUUUAUUUUCGGCUUUGGCAUCAUUCUGACUGUGCUCACAUGAUUGUUGUAAUGCAGAAAACUGUCACGUCACAUUCUGAAUGCAAAUGAGAUAGAUUGUAAGUUAAAUUCAUAAAACAACAGCAAGUAAAAAUAGAUUUCUCUCAAUUCAGCUUGUUUUAAUAUUUAAAUUGCACGUAAAUGGAUGUACAGCAAUUAUUUACUUUGUGUUGUUCUUACCGAUGUAAAUAAGCUAAAUUAAUUAGAUAUUUUUUAAUUUGUUGAAUAAAAUCUCUAAUAUCAAACAGUGA